AUGGAGCCGCAGCCUAUGAUGAGUGUGCCCGAAGGGUCCAAACUACUCUACUCCUCUAUCUCCACCAACAAACGGCCCUCGAAUGAGGAUAUACUUAGUAUUGUCAUUGAUUCAGACCACAAGGGGGGAGGGGACAUAUGGUGCUCAGUCAGGGAGGAUUCAACUCACCAAGGGCUUGUAGCCUUAAGGUCACAGUUUCUGCAGAAGUACAUGGCAGCAUGUGACUCCCUGAAUGACCUUCAAGAAACUGAUCGUUUGACCACCCUCGUGGCCAGAGCGCACAAUGCAGCAACACAAAUUUCCUUUGAUGCGGACUUACUGUGGUCGAAGUGUGAAAUUGAAGUGUUUGUGACCACUGAGGCGAUCAGGGCAAGCCCUCAUAUUGAGAAGACUCUGGAACAUUUGUCCCAAGAGCCUCCGUCUUAUGAGGAGGCCAUUGCAGGUCGCAAAAGUGCUGGCAAUCCCACCAGCUCUGUAGGCUUGCCAAAGAAGAAGGCCCUACCCGGUAGUGUUUAUGCCUCUUGUUCGGCUCCCCACACCAUACCAUCCCUUGACAACACAUACAUGAUCAUAAUUGUUAAGAACCCAGAAGAAUUCUCUGGGAAAGGGCAUAGUUGGAUCCCACUCCAUCUAAGCCCCAUCAUAUACAAAGGCAGAGAGCCCACUGAAAUUGAAGGAAAGGUGGAGCAUAGGUACAAAGAGGAGUAUUCCCGGCUGAGAAGCCAGCCUGAUAGGCCUAGUGCCUCAACCGUAGAUGGACUCAUGGAGUUUGCCAAACGUGUGGCAGCGCAGGUGGAAUUGAGUGGUGAGCUGGAAGGAGGUGGAGUGGUUGUGCGCGCUUCCAAGGACGCACAGGAGGCUAGUAAGGCAGUCCAAGAAGCCGUGGAAGAGUGGGCGCGUGAACAUACCGUUCCAAUCCUAACGAAGAUGAAUCCAUCGUCACCUCCACGGUGGUUUUCAUUCUAUGGGGUUCCAAGAAGCCAAGAGGCAGACAAUGAAAAAUCUACCAUUACUGAUGAGAACCUACAUUAUGUGAUUCUUGAAGGGCACGGCUCCGGGUACAAAGCGGUAUACUAUAAUCUGAUUUAUGAUGGAGACCACAUUCACACAGGACAUGUGUCAACAAUCAUGAACGGAUACAGAAAGGCGUACGAUGAGAUAAGCCGGCUUCAGUGGACAACAAUGACAGAUGCAGACUCCUAUGUGACUCUCCUUGAUGAAGCAGCAAAACAAGUGGAACAUCAACUUCCUCCCGGCUAUGGACUCGUGGUAGGUGUUUCAAGUGGGGUUGCAGAGGCAAGUGAAUACAUCAUGUCACGAGUCAAAGCCUGCUUCGAGGUGCAGGAGUCUCAUCAGAAGAGGCAAAUCUCAAUGACAGCAUUGGAGUCGCCUAGCACCAGCAAUUGGGCAGUUCCAUGGACCUCCACGGAUCAGGGUAGAGGAGAGCGAGAACCGGAGGCAGUGCUGCAAUCAGGUAGGGACGGGUUUUCCCCUUUCGAGUUUUCCCCACUGGGUUUGCUCAAAGGGGUUUUUCACCUGUCCAAGUAUGCAGUAUUAGUCACAACAAUCCCGCCUAGGGGAGAACUACCGCAAAGUCAGGAGAAGAAGAUCAAGGGAUACAGAGUGGAAGUAAGUAAAAGCACGGUGGACUGCGGUGGAGAGAGCUACCAACAAGCAGUUCCACACACUAUGGUGAAGUUAGCCGCAGUUCCUCGACGAUUACCUUAUUGUUUACCACCAGAGGUACAGUGGGGUGCGGGAAAGGAUCGAACAAAAAAGCGGGAGGUUUUUGGUCAAAAAUGGCUCUCCCCACCCAAAGUUGAUGGAGUACAUCCUCUUUUGAGACACCGUGCAUGA